AUGGAUGGUUGGCAAGGAUAUGAUACGAUUCUUUGCGGUCUACAAGUAUGUCCAUAUGAAACAGCAUUUUACUACUAUUAUUGUUGUAGUGGAUUAUUUGGAUUGGGAGGUUGUUGUUAUUCCUUGAAGGCUUGGGUCAUAGUGUUGAUUAUCAUUCUAGUCAUAUUAUUCCUUGCUUGUGCUGCUGGAUGCAUUGGAAUUUUGCUUUACCGACAAUCAUCUCGUCGAAAUGAACACGGAUGA